AUGGCUCCCGCAAACCUCCCCACCAUCCCCGCCAUGAACCGCGACAAGCCUCUCUUCCCCACCGGUCUUGGUGAGGGUGAGGCUACCGUCAUCUUUGUCCUCGGUGGUCCCGGUGCUGGCAAGGGCACUCAAUGCAGCAACAUCGUCCGCGACUACAAGUUCAAGCAUCUGUCGGCUGGUGACCUCUUGCGCGAGGAGCAAGACCGCAAGGGCAGCGACUUUGGCGACUUGAUCAAGGAGUACAUCCGCGACGGCAAGAUCGUCCCCAUGGAGGUCACCAUUCAAUUGCUCGAGAACGCCAUGCAAGCCACCAUCAAGGACGAGCACAUCAACAAGUUCCUUAUCGACGGUUUCCCUCGCAAGAUGGACCAGGCCAUUCAAUUCGAAAAGUCGGUUUGCAAGAGCAACUUCACCCUGUUCUUCGACUGCCCCGAGAAUGUCAUGGAGGAGCGUCUUAUCAACCGUGGAAAGACCAGCGGCAGAGCUGAUGACAACGAGGAGAGCAUUCGCAAGCGUUUCAAGACCUUUAUCGAGACCAGUAUGCCUGUCGUCGAACACUUUGAGAAGGAUGGCCGUGUCGUCAAAGUCCAGGCUGUUCAGACCCCUGAUGAGGUCUACGAGCAUGUCAAGCUUGGCUUCACCCAGCGUGGCAUCAAGCUCGUUUGA